UAUCUAAACUUCCUACUUCCUCUUCAGUCUGACUUUAAUUUUGGAAGCUGAAUGUCGUCAUCGGACACGUUUCGUUACGUUUUAUGUCGUAGCCGUUUGACGGUAUGUGGAAAGUAGCAAUGUCGGAGGAGGUUGGGAAAGCGCUACAGUCGGUAGUGGAGCGGGUGAACCAGGCGGCGGCCCGGCGGCCCAAGACACUACCAGCUGUGCCACCCCGCCUUGUCGCUGUCAGCAAGACAAAACCCCCAGAGAUGAUUGUGGAGGCCUACAGACAAGGGCAGCGUAACUUUGGAGAAAAUUAUGUUAAUGAGCUUGUGGACAAAGCUUCACAUCCAUUGAUUUUAGAAUCAUGUCCAGAAAUCAAAUGGCAUUUUAUCGGCCAUCUACAGAAAAAUAAUGUCAACAAACUUUUGGGCGUGCCAAACUUGUUCCUUGUGGAGACAGUUGACUCUGCAAAACUGGCUGACAAGGUCAACAGCUCAUGGCAGCGCAUCAGAGGAGCCAGCACACAGAGGUUAAAGGUCAUGGUGCAGAUCAACACCAGCGGAGAACAAAGCAAACAUGGCCUGCCACCAGAGGAAACAGUGGACACAGUGAAACACAUAGUAUCCGAGUGCUCUGCCCUGCUCUUCUCAGGACUCAUGACCAUUGGGCGCUACGGCUACGACCUCACCCUGGGCCCAAAUCCAGACUUUCAGAUGCUGCUGAGUCGGAGGCAGGAGUUGUGUGAUAGUUUGAAGCUGCCUCCGGAGGAGGUAGAGCUCAGUAUGGGCAUGUCCACAGAUUUUGAACAUGCGAUUGAGGUGGGCGCCACCAACGUGCGAGUGGGUAGUAUUAUAUUUGGCAACAGGGAGUACCCCAACAGUGCAGCGAACACUCCAAAUCCUAGUCCAGCUCCCAGCCCAGAGAAAACAUCCAAGCAGGUGUCAGAAGAGGCCGCCAAGAAGAUGACGCACCUCACCGUGUCUUAACACUAAGAAAAGCUUCUCCUCUGAAAUACCUUUGAGAAAAUAAUUUAGAAAAUCAUAUUAAUAUUUAUUAUUAUAAAAUAAUAAAUAACAGUCUUCAUGUGCAAACUGAACAGAGCAGUGAAGCUGAUUCCACAGGGUCAUGUGGAAUUAGGAUGAAUUAGGUCAUGUCGAAUUCUUGCAUAAUUUUAAAAUGUAUUUGCCUAAUCCUCCUCAAUUUUUUGUGCGCCUUUCUUGCUCUUUUAAGCACUAAAAAGUGGCAUUCAAUACAGAACUAAUUUUACCUUUUUUAAAAGUAGUGUCAAACAGUUGUUACUAACCUAUAGUGCUUUGACUUCCUCUUCAUGGAAAUCUCUACUACAAGAUUACUGGAUACAAGACAAAUGUACAACUACUGAAAACAUGGUGACUUAUGGAGAAUUAUUUCAUACUGAGUGAACAGUGAGGAUUUGUUUGGAAUUUGUUCAACUGAUGUGAUAUUUUCUACCUUUCAAACUCAACAUGUGAUAGUGCUGAAACAUGCUUGACUGUGUACAGUGUCCCAGAGAUCAGGAACUCCACACAGUACAAUGUACCGGUUUUGUUGUACAGAUAAAACAAAGACUUGAUUUAAUAAAUCAUUUAUCCCUUUAUAACGA